UCUAAUUGUUAACGCAUCUCUGUGCCUGUGUGUAUGUAGUAACCGAUUCUUCUGUGUCCCUUCGCUAACGGAUUGAUUUUACAUAGCGAUUUUAUGGAUUUUGAUUUGUCUCUAUUUUCUCAAUUAUUACUGCGUGCUCUACUUGUUACUAUUGAGCUGGUGAUUUUGAUGCUUGAUAUGUCUCUCUAUGUAUGUGGAAUUUUUGUUAUCUGGACGGAUUCAAUCGGAUCUAUAAUUUGGUUGAGUGGAUUUGCAUUCAAUUAGGUUUUCCAUUAGAAAUAUGAAUCCACGGAAGAGUUGAAUUUCUUUUCGUUCCUUUUGAUUUUGGAAUCAAUAAUCCUAUCUGUACGUUUUUUUGGUUAUUACGUUACUAUCUUGUGUUUGGUUGUUGAUUGUUUUCUUUCUCAGUUAAAAAAUGCCUCGCUAUGAAGAUUGAUACGGCAGUACAGUACUACUCGAAUGUAGAUAGAUGAUAAUGUAUUAACAUUUGUGGUUUUCUGUACAAUAUUCAGAAAAGUCCAGUUCUGGAACUUUGGAAAAGUUUCGGGAGUUAAUUGGAAGUACUACUCUGAUAUUUAUAGAAGUUCGAGGGAGGUUAGCGCAACGUAUUCGAAUAUUUAAACAACGCAGCGAUUUGGCAAAGGAGCAACAGGGAAGAGAAAAUGCAGAUCUUUGUGUUAGGCCUAAAUGGCAAAACAAUCACUCUGGAAGUCGAAAGCUCCCAUACAAUCGAUACUAUCAAGGCCAAGUUUCAGGACAAAGAAGGAACUCCUCAGGAUCAGCAGCGCCUCAUCUACAGCGGGAAGCAGUUGGAGGACAGCAGGACCUUAGCCGAUUACAACAUUCAGAAGGAAUCAACACUCAACCUCAUGGUCCCCCUGUGUGGUGGAGGCACCAGCUGGAGGAUACCUUUCGUUGCCAAUCAUUUGAUCAAGAAACUCAAGGAGUUGAAUCAAAAGUCGCAGAAGGAACUGAUUAAGACAUGGUCGAGGGAUUCCACCAUUAUACCGGAAAUGGUGGGGCAUCGGAUUGCCGUUUACGACGGAAGGAAGCACAUCCCCUUUCGCAUCGUCGAGGCUAUGGUGGGGCAUAAGCUGGGAGAACUGAAGCCGCGGCGUUUACAUAGGAAAGAGGUUCAUGCUCGGGGUAAGGCGCCACAGAAGAAGAAGAAGUGAGCAACGGUAGUGCAAGUAAUUUCUAGGUAUCAUUCUGCAAUUUUAAGUAGUCGUCUAUAUCUCAAGGUUGCACUGCAGAAUUGAUGAUUUUUUAAAUUUUUAUCUUUUUUUUUUUUUAUGGAAGGAUCAGCCACCAACUUUUUCCAUAAACCAAAAGGUUCUAGCCUCCCGUUCAUGUGUAUGAACGAUAUUUGUGUUUGUAGUUGAGUUUUAUUUAUUUAUAUAAUUCCAUAUUA